CAGAGUAGAGCGGAACAUGCCUUCACCAUCCUGGUUCUCUUAAUACAUUCAUGGGAAAAUACUUGCCUACCGUUUAUCUCUAAUUUUCGUUUAUAUAAAUUAGAUUUGCUGUUUUUAACCGUCAAACAUAAAUACAGUGGGUUUGUUUGUUUGCUCACGAAUGGAAAGUGUGCCUUGCCUUCGUGUGUCGCAGUGUCAUGCACAGCAGUUCAGGACAUGUCUUCAGUCCAAAGGGGCUCUUGAUCCGAGUUUGUGUUUACUGAAAGACUCAGAUGGGACAGUCCUCUUGCCCAUUUUACCAUCCUGUCUUUCACAACUUGAUCUGCAAUCUCUCAGAACCAUGGUGGCUUCAGACGGUGCUUGUGAAAUAGUUAGGAGUCAGUCUCCUCUGCUGUCGAAGAAGAGAGGAAGAACACGUGGUAAUAAACUGGAGGAAAUCCUCCAGGAGCUGUUGGAAUCUCAUGGUGAAAGAUGGACAGAGGAGCUGAGGGGGGAUCUCCCUCGCAGCUUCCAGAGACAUGAAGACCUAUUCCUGUUUGGAGACAACUGCUUCUCUCUGCCAUUAUGGAAGAAAAUGGGUCCACAGCUAUGGAGUGCAGUGGCCAAAGGACUGGGGGCAAAGCGGCUGGCAAAGAUGAGUCAAAUAUCCAGGGAUGGAUUUAGGUCUCCCGUGGUGACCAUGCUGUUAGGAGAGGACAGCUGGGUCAAACAUGUGGACAAUCGGAUUAGGUAUGAGUUUGAUAUAACCCAAUGCAUGUUCUCAGCUGGAAACAUAACAGAGAAGCUGCGGGUGGCUGGAUUUGACUGCAGAGGGGAGACUGUGGUGGAUUUGUAUGCAGGUAUUGGAUACUUCACUCUCCCAUAUCUGGUCCAUGCGGGGGCCAGUCAUCUUCACGCCUGUGAGUGGAACCCUGACGCAGUUGAAACGUUACAGAAAAACCUUGUGGCAAACGGGGUGUCUGACCGCUGCACUGUUCACCAAGGAGACAACCGACAACUCCAGCUGUGUGACAUUGCUGACCGAGUGAACCUGGGUCUCAUACCGAGCUCUGAGGACGGCUGGCCUGUUGCCUGUCGACUGCUGAAGAGAACAACUGGUGGCAUUUUGCACAUUCACCAGAACGUUACCUCAGUGUUACCGAACACUGCAGCCAUCCCAGCAAUCAAUGAUGCCACCCAGAGGGUUUCUGGGAAGAAAGCUGACAGAGAGGUGUGGCAGGCCUGGGCUGAUGACACAGCAAACCGCAUUGCUUCUCUUUUAAAAGACAUCACUGGGACACGGUGGAUAACAAACAACCAGCACAUAGAACAUGUGAAGUCAUAUGCACCUCAUGUUCACCAUAUUGUGCUGGACUUGGAGUGCAGACCAUCCUGAGCUGAGGAGAUAAACACAGAUGUGGACCCUAUGGCAUUCUUCAUUUGAAUGUGCUGCAGUCUAGAGAAGAAAUAGGCACAGUUCAGAUGUUUCCAGUGCAACCAAACACUACACCAGUUGGUCUAUAUGAUUAUUUAAUUUGUCAGGUAUAUGGUAAUCAGCUGCAGUGUUUUUUAUAAACCUUUAUUUAUCCAGGGCAGGGUCACUGUUUACAAAUACUGUUUUGUUUUUUUAGAAAGGCUAUGCCUCAUACUCAUACUGUACAAAUAUAAUCCCAUCUGGAAGCUGCCAAGCCAUACUAAAUCCACAGCCUUAUCUGUUGGAAAGGUUUAGACUGGGGCAUGACUCGCAUCAGUGUGCUGGUAUUACAGAAACACUCAAACCUAUAAAAAUCCAAGAAAUUUGAAUAGGACAUUGAUA